CGUGAACCUGCCACCCUGACCUGCCCUUGGUUUUUGCGGUGCACUGCGAGUCCCGAGAGCCGCCUGCCCGCCAUGGCGGGGCCCAAAGGGGCGCUCUUUGGGCCUGAGGACUUUGGAACCCUCCUGGUGCACGCUGGGGGACGCUGGAAGCUCUGGCGGGAACGCGAAGGGUCGGUGGAUUUGCACCACAACGACGACCACGAGAUCUACUCAGUCGCCUGCUGGGUGAAAGAAAAAUCGCAGGGCCACUGCCUGGUGCUGGGAUGCAACAGUGGCCGCGUGCAGAUUUGGAACGCCGCCUCUGCCGAGCUCGUCGCGCGCGGCGAGGCCUUCCGCAAGUUUGCCCACGGCCAGUCUGCCGGGGUCGCUGCCUUGGCCGCUGCGCCCGAGCGGCGGGGGACCUUCUUCGCGGCCUCGAGGGGGACGGUGGAGAUCAUGGAAGUGGGGAUCUUAGAUGGGAUGACCCGAAGCUCUUUCAAGAGUGGUAAGACGCUGGGUCGUUGUCCCGUUAGGGACGUACGUCGCGCUUGCCCGAUGCGAAAAGGCUCUUUCUCAACGGGUGGGUUUUUCCUCGUCUUCUCAAGGGCGUCGCAGAUCCGAUGUCCUGGGUGGUUUGGAUCGCAGGGAUAUCCCUCCAAAUCCACGAGCGACACGAAGAUCGGUGCCUGUGCGCUUGCCGUGGCAAGUGGGAAGAUCGACUGGCUGCUGAGUGCCUCGUGGGACGCGACGCCACUGAAGCUUUGGCGGCUGCCGGAGCCGGGCGCAGAGCUUUCGAAUCUGAAGAAGGCUGAGCAGCGCUUGAGACCACCGGGCAACAUGGUGACUGCAGCGGAUCUCUGCUCGGUUGGCAAGAAGCUUUAUGCACUUUGUGCAGAUGGAACGACUCAGGUUGAAGUCUUCGACAUUUCCAGCAGUGCUGAGCCAUCGAAGACACCGAUGAGCUCCUCGCGAGUCCUCAGUUGCCACGAGCGUAUAGUUUCGGCUGCCUUCGCACCAGGCGGUGAGACGGACACGCUUCGGGUGACGGCCCAUGGGACGACGCUCGUGGUGUGUUGGAGCUUUGACAGAGGUGUGGACUCUUCCACUCGGACAGUGAUGCCGGUGUUCACGGUCUCGAAGGCCGAGUUGGGCGGAUCCAUCCUGGCAACACGAGGCCCUUCAUCACUGCAGUUGCAGUUGUUGCUGGCCCAUGGGCCAAGUGCUCAGCCUCGCUUCAGCCUGGUCUCACCACCGAAAUCGAAGAAGGCCACGGCACUCAUUGAGCCCUUGGCGAGCACGUCCGAAAAAAGUACCGUCGCUGGCACAGAUGAGAAAAAGAGGGUGGCUGCCGAAGAGCCGACCGCGGUGCCAGAGACCUUGUUCAAGCGCGCCAAGCUUGAAGGGAAGCCAAAGGCUCUGACUGCAAAGGUGCCGCUUCCAAAGAGUCGUUCUGCGGCCGAAGGCAGCCACUUGUCCUUGGCUCCGGUGCUCCGACAAGGGCUUCGUGCACAGGACACCAAGUCGCUGACUGAGACACUACACCUCCACGAUCGGAGUGUGAUGGACACCUCAGUGAGUGAGCUUAAUGGUGUGGAAGCCUUCGACCUGCUGCAGGAAUGUGCCAGGCGGGUCAGGUAUCUUCCAGAGCACACGACGGUCUAUUGUGCUUGGAUCCAGCGGAUCGUUCAGCAUCACGGGAGCUUUCUUCGAUCACAGCCAGUUCUAGCGGAUGAGACCAGGUAUUUUUACGACCAUGCCCGGCUCCGCUGCGCCAUGUACCGGCACCUCCUGCGGAUCCGUGGACGGCUGCUUCACGCUGUCAAUGAGGGGCAGAAGGUGGUGGCAAGCAAAGACGAGGUCAUCAAGCCGCUGUUGGAGUACGUCGAAGGGGAUGAGGACUUGGAAGAGGAGGCUUCAGAAGAGGCGGUCAUGUUCCCUCGGCUGCGAGGAAAGGAUCCAACCAUAGGUGUGGCUGAAAGUCGGGAGUGUUCCUAAGAGGUUUUUCCUGUGUCUCCCUGCUUUCAGGCGCGCUGAUGUUUAAAAAACAUAAGCGGUGGGUUGCAUGAUUUACCUUGUGCGUCCCCAGUUAGGACCAGAAACGAAUGUACCAGCAAGCAGCAUACACGUACUCACGGCUCUUGGGUCAGGCACCCCAACUACCACUGCAUAUAUCAAGGAUUUUGGGAGGGUUGUCAAUAUCUGUGCAAAGGUGUGAUCGAGUAGCCGAGGACCUUGCCGUUGACGAACCUGUUUCAUUGGUUUUCCUGCAUGUUGCGUGUUCAGGUUUUGACCUAAUCAGCAACCGAAUCGUUAGCAUGUCAUGCUAUUUCUAUUUGUUUACACCAAAAAGUGGGAUUGGGUGUGGUGUGACCACAGUGGUCAGGGGCCUUUCUCGUGACCAAAGAUUUUGUUUGACAGAAAAGCACAACGAUUCAGGAGAACAACUCCUGCACCUUUUCACCGAGAAUAUUCUAUAUCCAUCCAUAUCCUGUCCUCGCAUAGAUUCUCCAAAGUUUCCUGCACCAUAACCCCAUAAUCUUGUCCAUCAACCAUAUUGGACGGACCAGAAAUUCCGUCAGACCCAGCAAUUUUCAUCCCCACGUCAUCUCACUUGGAUGCUUCUUUGACUCGGAGCAACACAUGUAGAAAUUCCAAUCAACCAAUGACAAGACCUUUGGAGAAGUGAUAACUGGGGACAAGCAGCUGACCUGAGUGUAUCCCAGUUGCAGGAAAAAAAAUCCGUUACAACAGGUGCGUGUUGUAAUAAAACACUUGUGCCAUGGUACAAACGCUUGUGUGUAGAUGUUUGUAGUGGGUUAGGAUGAUUUGUUCCACACGUUCGGGGUUUGACCGUUUGACCGUUUGACCGUUGGUUUUGCCCCUCUGCAUGGUCUCUGCAUCGCUUCCCUGUCUCAGAAGCUGAGAGACAGCGACAACGAGGAUGGCGACCUCGAGGACCUUGGCCAAGACGACAUUGAUGAGUUCUUUGACGAUGAAUCUGAGUGAUUUAUGGGAUGACAGGAAAGACAUACUCGUAGGACAUAUCGGGUACCUCCAAUUUCCGACUGUGCUGAAGGCAACAUUCCUGUUCUGUUCUCACAUUUGAUUUCGAUUCGAGGAUAGAUUUGAUGAUUGAUUUGGGC